AACCUUCAACUUUUGAACAAAUUUCAUUUAUCAACCGAACAAACGUGGUUUUAGGAAACUGCGUCAUCGGGAAACGUUAAGCUAACUAAAGACACACUUUGCUAGUUUAUUUGUAAUGGGGAGUUAAUGUGAUGCAACAGCAUUAAUGCGAUUUGCUGGAUUGACCUCUCAUCGGAAAGUAUUGUUCACGUGCCUCCAAACCGAUUUCAAAAUGUUGGGAGAAACUAUCGUGGGGAAAAUUAGCUAAUUGAAAUAGACUAUAAAUACUACAGUUGUUUACAUUUUAUUUCACUUCCUAAAGCACCAUCUAAUAUUUGCCACAGCAAAACGUCAACGUCUUAUUUGUAUGGUGAUUUAUGUUUCUAUGGUGUGGUUGCUGUCUAACAACAGGUGCAAUAUCAUAAUAAAUGAAUAAUCCCCUAAAUCGUAAAGACUGGUUUUGUUCUCCGUACGUCCCAUUCUGUCGGAGGGCCAUGAACGUAGCACACCGCUGACGCAGAGCAGGAAUUAGGAGCGCAUGAUUAGAGGAUGCGGGGGAAGCAUGUACGCAGUUAACUUACAUGGCAUCUUUCCUCCCUCUCUUCAGUCCCUUUUUGUUUUCAGCGUGGAUAUAUUUACAUGCAUUGCAACAAUGGAGGUUUCCUCUAUCUACUUUAGCUCCUCCUAUUGAUAUAAAGUCAGUACAUGUCUGCCACAGGGAGUCUGCGUCUUCUCCACUGCUAUUCAAAGCCAGCCUUAGGAUGUGGUCUUUGUCGCCCAUUCAGUCUCACCGUCCAGAGAGAGGGCUACAAGUAUGUGAACGCUCAGGAGCUGCCGACAGACCUGCGGUCCAUCACCGACCGGGCUGCAACAACCCUCCUGUGGACGGAACUCUUUAGAGGUCUGGCGAUGACUAUGAGUUACCUGUUCCGUGAACCAGCCACCAUCAACUACCCGUUUGAGAAGGGCCCCCUGUCCCCUCGCUUCAGGGGAGAGCACGCCCUCCGCCGCUACCCCAAUGGAGAGGAGCGCUGCAUCGCCUGUAAGCUGUGUGAGGCCAUCUGCCCCGCUCAGGCCAUCACCAUUGAAGCUGAGACUCGAGCCGAUGGCAGCAGAAGAACCACACGCUAUGACAUUGAUAUGACCAAAUGUAUCUACUGUGGCUUCUGCCAGGAAGCCUGUCCUGUUGAUGCCGUCGUUCAGGGUCCAAACUUUGAGUUCUCCACAGAGACCCACGAGGAGCUGCUGUACAACAAAGAGAAGCUCCUCAACAACGGAGACCAGUGGGAGGCUGAGAUAGCAGCCAACAUACAGGCGGACUAUUUGUACAGAUAAAUGUGUACACUGUGUGCAAAAAUGUUUCAAGCGGUAUAUAUUUUAUCGUCCUCCUUUGCUAUAAAGAGAUUAUUUGUAGCGUUAAAGACAUUCAAGUGAAUAACGAAUGAGCAGUGAAGCCGUCAGCAGUCUCAAAUUCUGUUGUCAGAACUAAGAAUAUAUGUAAACUGUUAUUGUAUUGUAUAGUUAUUGUAUUGAAAACAUGGAUGAUGUUGAAUUUUAUAAACAGAUUAGUAGAUUAUAAUUGUAUAGCCUCUGGUGGACAAUUUGAUGCUGCACUUUAAAAUAUGUGUUUAUUUUUAAUCGGUGUGAUGCCGAAGACAUUUCUAAAAGAGUAUAUUUAUGUAAUGUAAUUUAAGAUACUGAAAUAAAUCAUGUUUUAAAAACUCAAACCAUUGAUUCCUAUUACAUCGAAGCUCGCGCUGAAGCAAUUAGUUGGAGAUUCAAUUCAAACAAUCCCUGUAUCUUGCUGUGGAAUUGUGAGGAUUUUGCUGCCUCUCAGAUUUAUAUCACAGUAAAUAUAUUUGACUGGUCAAUAAAACCACUAAUCGAUUCA